CAGCCCAAGGAUUCCUCGUCUCACACAGCAUCUCAUCCAGCACCAGCAACCAGCAGUUCUACCACAGAACUUGAACUCGAAUCCAGCUGAACAAUUUCUUGGGCUUUGAGAGAGAGAGGUUGAAGAAGGAAGGAAGAAGGAGGAGAGCGGGAUGGGCAUCGUGGACGUGGUGUCGGAGUACUGCUCGCUGCCGCGGGGUCGGCGGCACAUGAAGAAGCGGAAGCAGUUCCAGACGGUGGAGAUGAAGGUCCGCAUCGACUGCGAGGGCUGCGAGCGCAAGGUCAAGAAGGCCCUCGACGACAUGAAAGGCGUGAGCUCGGUGGAGGUGACGCCGAAGCAGAACAAGGUGACGGUGACGGGGUACGUGGAUCCGGCCAAGGUGAUGCGCCGGGUGGCGUACAAGACCGGCAAGCGGGUGGAGCCGUGGCCCUACGUGCCGUACGACGUGGUGGCGCACCCCUACGCCCCGGGGGCCUACGACAAGCGCGCGCCCGCCGGCUACGUCCGCAACGUCAUGAGCGACCCCUCCGCCGCGCCGCUCGCCAGGGCCUCCUCCACCGAGGCCAGGUACACCGCCGCAUUCAGCGACGAGAACCCCAACGCAUGCUCCGUCAUGUAGUAGUAGUAGUAGUCUUUGUAAUUGUAAGACUCCGGCCGGCGACCUUUUCUAGCUGCUCUGCUCCUCCAUGGCGUCGUUGGGAUAUCUAGAUAGUCUCUGUUGGUGUUUUCUUGUACUAUUUUUUAAACUAGAUUAGAAGAUGAAGAUGGGUCUGUAUUGUUGCUUCGGUUUGGUGUAAGAUAUGUUGGAUUUGGUGAGGAGAAGCUCCAUCAAUCUUGUUGUUUAUGCACAAUGUUCUCAAUCAGAUGGGCGUCGCAUGAUUGAUUUGGUA